CAGCAUUGUGUGAGCCCGGAAACUUUGUGCAAAGAACUUUGUCCGCAACGUUCGGCAACUGCGGAUAGGCUGGGCGCUGAUCGUAUUCAGCCGGCGACUCGUGAACGAGAUCGCAGCGGUAGAAGCGCGGCAUUUUUGACGCUUUGUAUCUCCCCGAGUGCUUCGCCACCGGCAACCUUUUCGUCCUGGAAGUAAAAGGCCAGCCUUACGAGCUCCUCUACGCGUUCGUCGAAUCACGCGUGUCACCUUCUAGCUAUUGAGUUCACCGCCAGCCCGCCAUUGGGGUCGCGCAACAAGUGUGAGCACUGUGCGUUUUGAAUCACACCGGCCAACUGCCGCAGCACUUGCUCAUCGCGCAUCGGUGGUCGAUCGUGGCUGCGUCGCUGUCAUCCUCAACAAGUUUUGCAGACUGCGACAUGAGGCUUCGCCGCGUUUUCGACUGCCUCGUGGUGGCAUUCAUUUGCGCCGCCGGUCUCCUGCUACUGCCGCUGUUGCUGCUGAGCCUGCGCGCGCGCCAGUGGUUCUUCGUGCGAAUCAUGGCCGUGGCUGGCUGGCUGUGGCGAGACGUCUUCGAGAGCACUCGACGCCGAGCGAUCGCUGCGCUUGACCAGCCAGAGUCGAACGACCUAGAACUGCGAGCCGACGGCGCGAUUCGAGUGCUCGAAAUUGGCGCCGGUUCGGGCGCCAAUUUCGGUUUCUUGCGAAGAAAGAUCAAGUACUGGAACGUCGACCCCAACACGGAGUUCCAGAGUUUCUUCCUGGAAACUGUCAAGAAAUACCCCAAGGUGGAGAUGGAGCGCUGGGUCGUCGGCUACGGCGAGGACAUGCACGACGUUCCCGACGGCCACUUCGACGCUGUGGUCGUGACGCAUCUGCUCUGCUCCGUCCACUGUCCGGAGAAGGUUCUGCAGGAGUGUCGCCGAGUCCUUGUCAAGGUGAAUGUCCACAAUUAUGCCUCCCUGAAAUGCUGGCAGUUCACUUUCCGUACCUUGAAAGGGGCAGCAGUUGUUGGAUGA